AUGAGCUUCCAGGCCAUGCCCUCACUCCAGCAUCUUGCCAUGCAGGGGCUGCUGGCAGAUGAAGACUUGGCCAUCUCUGCUCUGGAUGACCUUCCCACAAUGUUGUUCCCACCACUCUUUGAGGAGGCCUUCAUUGAGAGAAGGACAAAGCUUGUGAAGGCCAUGGUAGUAUCUUGGCCCUUCCCCUGCCUCCCUCUUGGGGCACUGAUGUGCUACGCCAAAGUGGAUAACUUCUGGGCUGUGCUUGAUGGAAUGGAUUGGCUGAAUAACCAGAAUGUUUGGCCUCGGAGGUGUAGACUACAAUUGCUCAGUUUGCAGGAUGUCUACAAUGACUUCUGGGAAGGAUGUGUUGGAAAAAAGUCUACUUGGUGGACCAAAGAAGUAGAUCCCACAACAGAGGGAAAGAAGCAGCAAUUGAAGGUGGUAGCUGAAUACAUCCUCACGUUCCUCGCUCUCAAGGACUAUAAUAGUGACUUCAUGCUGUGGCUCAGGCAGAGAAGAAAUACCAUGCAGAUCUCUUUUUUCAGGGUGAUUCAGAAAAGAAAUAAGUGA